GUGCGUGAGUGCGUGUGUGCAUGUGAAUGAGUGAGAGCGUGAGAGGAGAGAUUUCAGCCUGACCCCUGCCUCUCUGUCGGUGUGGAGGAUUUCUCCCCUUGAAUCUUUGCGCCUGUGACUGAGGAGGAAGGAGGACACACAGACGAGCGAGAGGUUUUGAGGGGAUCUCACACCGCUCAUGCCCCUGCUCUCCCUGCUGAGGGAUGGGCACCACAGAGGCGACUCUACGAAUGGAGAACUUAGAAGUGAAAGACGAGUGGCAGGAUGAAGACUUCCCCAGACCGCUACCAGAGUACGGAGACAUGGAUCCCUCCUGCGGUCUCACAGACGACAGAGCCUCUCCUCCUAACUCCCUGAAUGUGAGCCCACCUGGAGGAGGAGGCGUUGGUGUGUCCUCGUCCCACCGCAAACGCCGCACGCUGGUUGCCCCGGAGAUGAACCUUUCACUGGACCAAAGCGAGGGCUCUUUGUUGUCAGAUGACUUCCUGGAUACACCGGAUGACCUGGACAUCAACAUUGAUGAUAUUGACACGCCUGAUGAGACGGACUCGCUGGAGUUCAUCACCAAUGGCAACGAGCUAGAGUGGGAAGAUGACACACCGGUGGCCUCUGCCAAAGCAGGUCCUGCUGAUGGUUCAGGAGACCUGGACGACGAGGGCAACGCCAACAACGGACGCCUCUGGAGGACAGUGAUCAUCGGAGAACAGGAGCAUCGUAUUGACAUGCAGGUCAUCAGGCCGUACCUGCGGGUCAUCACACACGGAGGUUAUUAUGGCGAGGGCCUGAAUGCCAUCAUUGUUUUCUCGGCCUGUUACCUGCCUGACAGCAGCUGUCCAGACUACCACUACAUCAUGGAGAACCUCUUCCUGUACGUGGUGAGCAGUCUGGAGAUGCUCGUUGCUGAAGAUUACCUGAUCAUCUAUAUGAACGGAGCCACUCCUCGGGGUAAGAUGCCUGGGAUCAGCUGGCUGAAGAAAUGUUACCAAAUGAUUGACAGAAGAUUGAGGAAGAAUCUGAAGUCUUUGGUCAUCGCUCAUCCCACCUGGUUCAUACGAACCGUCCUGGCUAUAUCCCGGCCCUUUAUCAGCGUGAAGUUCAUGAAUAAGAUCCAGUAUGUCCACAGCCUGGAUGAGCUGGCAGAGAUCGUACCCAUGGAGCAUGUCCAUGUUCCUGAGUGUGUGGUGCAAUUUGACGAGGAGAGGAUUAAAGCACGGAGGGAAAGGAUGGAGCAGGAGCACAGACAACAGGAGCAGCAGCAGCAGUCAGUCCCACAGGAACCAAUUAAAAAGACAGAGAGGCCGAAGUCGAUGAUUGUAGACCAAGGAUUAUGAGAAGGACGGGGCUUCCCAGGUUACGAGUGUAACAAACAUAUGGAGCAUGAACCCUUCGUUUUAUACCCGUAUGAAGCAGUUGGUCAACGAGUCUACAUGUGCUUCCUUGUUUAACCAACAUCCAGCUGAAGAUUAGUGCUGUCAAGACGGUGAACGCUCCGUCUCAUUAACCCUCUAUGUGGAACCCCUUCUCCCUCUCUGACGGAGGGUCAACUUAAUGAAUGACCACAGGAAGUUUGCACUCUUUCUACAAAUGGAAACUGUUUUUGGGUUCAUCAAUUCAUUAACCUGCUGUGUGGUCGGACCCAUUAUAUUGGUCAUAUUGUAUUAUUACAUCAUCACGAGGCUCUGGAAGACCAAGGACAAUGACAGAAACUUAUAAUGCAACACAAAAUUAACUGGAACACUGAAGAAAGACAAUUAACUUUGGGAGAAAAAUUUGUAACUGCAGUUAAAGAUGACUGUGUUGUAACUUCAUUUAAAGGAUUACGGCUUUAAGAAAUUAUUCUUCUAAUUUUAGUUAUAAUAAAUAUACUAAAUUAACAUAAAAAAGGCAGAGUUUUGCAUCAACAAUUCAGAACAUACAACAAUUGGAGAUAUAAGCUCCUUUACCUGAUGCUAGUAAUGUGUAAAUAUGUUAUGGAAGAGUUAACACUUGACCAGAGAUGCCUGACGGCAACAUUUUUGAUGUAGCAGAGGUCAGUGCGUGACCACCAGACCAAGCACACAUUAAUAUUCAUGCUGGUUCGUGUGAAUAUAAAUGUGUGUUCAAUGUAAAUUACAAUGCAUCAGAUGCCUUCAUCUUUAUUAUUAUUAUUUGUUUGCCUCAUACCUGCUGUAUUAUAAGGCCUUCUUAAACUCUCUUUUGCUGUACUGACAUUUUUAAAAUGUCUAAAUGUACUAACAUCUGUACUGUACCCUGUGUGUAUAACGUGCCUCAGUCGUCUUGUGCAUU